AUGGCCACCAGCGCCGCCAAAGCCUGGAUACCGCGCGCCGCUGCCGCCACUGAGGUGCAGUGGCAGCACUUCCUGGGACUCUGCGGGACCUGGCGCGGCUCGUGGCAGCGCUAUGCGGCCGACGCGGAUUCCCAGGCCUUGAAACCAAUCCGCCACUUUCAGGCAUUUUGCGUGCCCUGUGCCGCAGAGGAUGGUCAAAGCGUGCACCAUGUGAACCGCUAUCCGCCCUCGGCCGCCCCUCCGGGCGGGAGGAGGAUGGCAAGUGGGCUGACAGAGGUAGACUUCGGGCGCUUUGACCCGAAGUCCUUCCUAGCCCCCUUCGGUCCACAGUCCCAGGCCGUCUACGGGCCUGGUUGGGCUGCCAUCGGCCCGCGUGCCUUGCAAGGCUCGGAGCGAGUAGCCGUGGAGCUCGUUUCUAUGGCGCAGGGGUCAGACCAGCGCCGGCGACUGGUGGGCAUCUGGCGCCAGGCGGAGGCGGUGGCCACCUUAGAGGCCGCCACGCUCAUCACUGAGGAGUUGCAGAGGACUGGCUCUGAGGGUGAGUGCCCGCUGAUCGGCGACACCGCUCAGGAGAAGGAGGCGGAGAAGCCAGCCAUACAUCCAGACGCCGAGGGCUGGUAUCAGCUGGGACCAGACGCUUUCGCUUUGCUCCCGCAGACUGUGGCCCUGGACCAUGAAGCGAUGGCAGUGGGCCUUUCAUGGCUUGCGCCUGGCGGAGUGAACGGCCUCCUCCUCGACUUUCCAGAGGGCCAGCUCAGGGUCCGAUCUCCUCCAUAG